AUGGCCCCCGAUAGAGGCUCCUCACAGAGUGGACCAAGCGAUGAUUCCCACGAGUACUCAGCUCUCGAGCAUGAGGUUGCAAGCCAUGGAACAGCGCAAUACUGCGAGACUGAUCUGUCUAGAAGGAAAUCGCCUACCCUGACCAAGACCCGCAGUGACCUUGGAUGCUAUGCGCGCAAUUUAGCUGUAUCGAAAUCUGCCACAGAUGCCACAAACUUCACCUUCCGAGGUACCUUGGUUGGCCUGGUCAUUGGUGUCAUCAUCUGCUUCUCCAACACCUAUUUCGGACUCCAGACUGGCUGGGUAUCUGGAAUGGCUAUGCCGGCUUCACUGAUUGGGUUCGGAUUCUUUAAAACCAUCUCGAAGCACCUUACUCUACCAUUUACGCCUGUGGAGAAUGUGCUUGUCCAGACCGUGGCUGGAGCUGUUGGAACUAUGCCUCUUGGCUGUGGCUUUGUGGGCGUGAUACCUGCUCUUGAAUUUCUGCUCAAGAAAAGAGAAGGCGCACCUAUUGAGUUGGGUAUAGGCAGGUUGAUGCUUUGGAGCUUGGGAAUCUGUCUCUUUGGGGUGGUCUUUGCUGUACCAUUGAGAAAAGAAGUCAUAAUCAGAGAGAAGCUCAAGUUCCCAAGCGGCACUGCAACGGCGUUGAUGAUUGGAGUAAUACAUGGGGCAACCAAGGGAGCACAGGACAAUGAGAUCGAAACUGCAGGUACCGAGGAGGUUCAUGCUUUGCUCCAGGAAGACUACGAGAUCGAGGAAUCAGACCAUACCAUAUCCAAGAAGAACUCGGAGUAUGACCAUAAAUCAGAUUGGAAAGCACAGAUUCGACUUCUGCUCAUUGCUUUCGCCGGCUCAGCAUUAUAUACCCUGUUCCAGUAUUUCGUUCCCUCCGUUCGCCACAUCCCUAUCUUUGGCACGACGCUGGCAUCUGCUUGGCUUUGGACACUGAAUCCUUCGCCUGCCUAUGUAGGUCAGGGGGUAAUAAUGGGACCUGCUACCACAGUACAUAUGCUGCUUGGGGCCAUCAUUGGUUGGGGCAUUCUCAGCCCACUUGCAAAGAAUCGAGGAUAUGCUCCUGGAAAGACCUCUGAUUGGGAACACGGCAGCAAAGGCUGGAUUGUGUGGGUGAGUCUUGCCAUCAUGCUCGCAGAUGCCAUCAUCAACAUGGCCUGGCUAGUCCUCAAGCCGUUAGUGCACCACGCUCCAGCCUGGAGUCGCAGCUUUAAGGACCAUUCUGCCAAUUCCAGAUCGUGGAAAGAAUUGUUCUUAGGACCAGCAUACAGAGGCUACAUGAGAGUGGGGACGGGGGAUCCAUCAGCGCUCAGGAACCAGCGACCGUCCCCUGGCAAAACGCCCUCUGACGGGAUGCCAUCUGUGCUAGCUGACGACGCUCCACCUCAUCACCUCAUUUCCACAAAGACUAUCACGAUAUUACUGCCCUUGACGUUAAUCUUCUGUGUUCUCUGUAUUCAGCUAACCUUCGGCUCUUAUAUAUCAAUUUCAUUAACACUUCUGUCGACCGUCAUCGCCAUGCUUCUUUCCAUCAUGGGUGUCCGUGCUCUUGGCGAAACAGACCUUAAUCCAGUUUCGGGUAUCUCAAAGCUCACGCAAUUAUUCUUUGCGCUUGUUGUGCCUCCAAAGUCGUCCAAACACCACGACCAUGCCAUUAUUAUCAAUCUCAUUGCAGGAGCGGUCUCCGAAAGUGGUGCACUCCAGGCCGGUGACAUGCUGCAGGAUCUUAAGGCAGGUCACCUCAUUGGCGCAAGUCCCAAAGCGCAGUUCUAUGGCCAGGUCAUUGGGAGUGUCGUUGGCGCAAUCGUCUCUGCGGCCGUGUACAAACUCUACGUUUCGGUCUACGCCGUACCUGGAGAGAUGUUCCAGGUACCGACGGCAUAUGUUUGGGUUUUCACUGCUCGACUAGUUACUGGUCAGGGUCUACCUCCAAUGGCGUGGCAAUUUGCUCUUGGCGCUGGUGUCAUCUUUGUGGCCCUGACAUCCUUGCGCAUAUAUCUUUCAGAGCAAGAUGAAGCAAGCUCGCUACGAAGCGUACAUCCGUAUGUGCCGGGUGGUAUAGCCGUUGCGGUCGGCAUGUACAACACUCCAAGCUUCACACUGGCGCGGACUGUGGGCGGAUUGAUCAACUGGUGGUGGGUACGGCGUUCUGAGGGAGAAGGGGAGACGAGGGUCAUUGUUUUGGCUAGUGGCCUGAUAUUGGGAGAGGGAGUUGUCAGCAUUAUAAAUCUUGUGUUAGCAAGUAUGCAUGUACCGCACCUGUGA